AUGUAAAGCUUAGAUAAAAUAUCUUAUGUUCAACCUCCAAAUUGGAAGGAACUCCAUCAUGAAUUAAUGAAGGCGAAUGGAGCCAAUAUUGAUGAGCUUACCAAUCUUAGAUAAGAUAUCCAUAAGCAUGCUGAAGGUUAAUAUGAAGAAGUCAGAACUUCUGCAUUGAUAGUAGAAUAAUUAAAGAAAUAUGGAUUGGAUGAAUCUAGCAUUAGAAGAGUAGCUGUAACUGGGCUAGAAGUGAGUAUCUAAGGUUCAAAAGCAGUCUCAGAAAAUGAUAGAGAAGGUCCAAAGAUGAUAGCAAUCAGAGCUGAUAUGGAUGCUCUCAAAAUGCCUGAAAAUAAUAAGGAGAUUCCUUAUCACACAAUCACAGAGUGGGCUCAUAUGUGUGGACAUGAUGGUCAUGUGGCUAUUCUUCUCGCGGCUGCUGAAGUACUUAUAAAAAGCAGAGAUAGAAUUCCAGAAAACAAAACAGUGAAACUAUUCUUUCAACCUGCAGAAGAAGGUGGAGCUGGAGCAAAAAGAAUGGUUAAUGAUGGAGUCUUAGAAGGUGUCGAAGAAGUUUAUGGUCUUCAUAAUUCCCCUUUGUGUCCUGCUGGAGAAAUCAGAGUUAAAUCUGGCACUAUGAUGGCUGGAGCUUGUGGGGUUAAAAUUACAGUUAAUGGAAAAGGAGGUCACGGUUUCAUGCCUGAGAAUGUGAAUGAUUGUGUAUCAGCAGCAUGCUAUAUUCACACUGAACUUCACACAAUUAAAUCAAGAAUGAUCGCAAGCAGUGAGAAUUUCGUUUUAACAAUUUGCACUAUUAAUGGUGGAACAGCAAUGAAUGUUUUCGCUGAUUCCUGUGUGAUGACUGGCACAAUUAGAUCAUUUACUCCACAAGUAAUGGAUGCUGUAAGAGCUAAGGUAGUUUAAAUUGCAGAAAAUACAGCCAAAUCAUUUGGCUGUAUUGCUGAGGUUUAAUUCUAAGGAGAUGAUACUACUGCUCUGCCUGUUAUUAACACAGAGAUAGAGACAAAUCAUGUAAUUAGGUUAGGCAAACAAAUCUUUGGCGAGGAUAAAGUUUCAGAUAAAGGACUACCAAUUGCAGGCAGUGAGGAUUUCUCUUUCUUCUUGUAAGAGAGACCAGGUUGUUUCUUUGGUUUGGGAAUGGCUGAAGCCACUAAAUUCAACAGAAUGAAUCAUACUUCUGAUUACGACUUCAAUGAUUCCAUAAUUGCUAGUGGAGGUCUAUUUUGGGUAAGAUUAGUUGAGGACAGACUCAAUACAUAGAUUAUUCAAUGA